CGUAAGAGCGUAUAAAUGUCGAUCAAGACGGAAAGUGAAUUAAGGCGAGGGGGCUGGCGGAUGUCCAACAUGUCCAACGGAAGCGUUCAUUGGGAGGCGAGGGUUCUGCCAGCAGGGCCACCACGAUUGCUGGGAUGGAACGUCCCUGCCGAGGAAUUGAUCCACAUACCGGAACAUUGGCUGGUAUAUCCCGAACCCAACCCCUCCCUUCAUUAUCUACUGGCUAUUCUUUACACACUCUUCACCUUUGUGGCGCUACUUGGAAACGGAUUGGUCUUAUGGAUAUUCUGCUCAGCGAAAUCUCUGAGAACCCCUUCGAACAUGUUCGUCGUAAACCUGGCAUUCUGUGACUUCGUCAUGAUGCUCAAAGCGCCAGUGUUUAUAUACAAUUCCUUCAAUACCGGAUUUGCUUUGGGCAACCUGGGAUGUCAGAUCUUCGGUGUUAUGGGAUCGUUGAGUGGAAUUGGAGCUAGCAUGACAAACGCCGCCAUUGCGUACGACAGAUACAGCACCAUAGCCCGACCGCUGGAUGGAAAGCUGUCGCGCGGUCAGGUGAUGCUCUUCAUCGCGCUCAUUUGGACGUACACGAUUCCCUGGUCCCUGAUGCCCCUGAUGCACGUCUGGGGUCGAUUUGUGCCGGAAGGCUUUCUGACGAGUUGCACCUUCGAUUACUUGACAGACGCACCGGAAACGCGAUACUUCGUGGCCACGAUAUUCACCUUCUCCUAUUGCAUACCGAUGAGUCUAAUUAUAUACUAUUACAGCCAGAUCGUCAGUCACGUCGUCGAGCACGAGAAGGCUCUUCGCGAACAGGCCAAGAAAAUGAACGUCGAAAGUCUGAGAAGCAACGCGAACGCGAACGCUCAAACCGCGGAGAUACGCAUAGCUAAGGCCGCGAUUACGAUCUGCUUCCUCUUCGUUCUGUCAUGGACCCCGUACGCUGUUCUCGCGUUGAUCGGCGCUUUUGGAAACAAAGCGCUGUUAACGCCCGGCGUCACGAUGAUACCGGCGUGCACGUGUAAAUUCGUGGCGUGUUUAGAUCCAUACGUAUACGCCAUAAGUCAUCCGAGAUACAGGUUAGAAUUGCAAAAACGGCUACCGUGGUUGGAAUUGCAAGAGAAACCGCCUGCGGAUACGCAGAGCACAACGACCGAAGUUACGAGCGCGCCGACGUCCUAAAAUAUACGACACUCCAUGACAGCCGUAAAGAUGCUCAUAUCUUCCGUGACAUACCGAUCUUACACCUCGCAGUGGUAGUAUAAACAUUUUAUUCAAUAGUGAUUGUAAAUUCUGUUUAAAAUAAAAACAAAACCGGGAACACAGUGCGCAACGAGCGCGCGAUACCUCAUCGACGACUGCAACGUUUGUUUUUCGACUUUGCUGCUAAAAAUACGACGAUUUCCUGUUAACAAUCGAACACACAACAAUCGAUCAUGUGUAUGGCAAAUCAAAGCAAUAAAUAAAUCCUCCCUCGCAUGGCACAUCUUA